UGUCUUUGUUGUGGUUAAAAAUAUCUGGUAUUAAAAAAAAUGUUUUUGAAUCCGGAAGCAAUGUAACACUGUGUGUACACAUGCAUGUCGUAUAUCAAAAAAAUGUCAAUGAAAACUGAGCUGGUAACUCUUCGCGAUGACAGAAUGUCAGUGAAAGCGUCUACAUUGGUACACGCAGCGGCGAGGUGAGCGGACCGCCAUGGUGCUGAACCCGGUCAUCUCCAAACUGGCUGGUAAACUGGUCGUGCUGGCCAGCGCGUCCCCACGGCGACUGGAGAUCCUUCGCAACGCCGGCCUGCGCUUCGAGGUGGUCCCGUCCUGGUUCAGAGAAACUCUCGACAAGCGACGGUUCAAAGCGCCGCACCAGUACGCGGUGGAGACGGCCAAGCAGAAGGCGCUGGAGGUGGCCAGGAGGAUGCCCUGCAAUCACCUGAAAACUCCGGACAUCGUGAUCGCAGCUGACACCAUCGUGACUGUCGAUGGCAUGAUUCUGGAAAAGCCACGAGACAAGCAGGAUGCCUACAGGAUGCUCUCCAGUUUGAGCGGGAAAGAGCACAGCGUCUUCACGGGCGUCGCCGUCGUCCUGUGCCGCGACAAAGCAGGCGACGAGGAUUACCACAUCGUGGAGUUCUACGAAGAAACCAAAGUGAAGUUCGCCGAGCUCUCGGAGGACCUGCUGUGGGAGUACAUUGACAGCGGCGAGCCCAUGGACAAGGCCGGCGGCUACGGCAUCCAAGCGCUCGGCGGGAUGCUGGUGGAGUACGUGCACGGAGACUUCCUCAACGUGGUGGGUUUCCCCCUCAACCACUUCUGUAAACAGCUGGACGCGAUUUACAACCAACGAGGCGGUUGCCGCCCGCCGGCCGGAAGCCCCCCGGCGCCUGCCCCGCUCGACGGCUCGCCAGGACACGCUGAGGGAGCGGGACCGGCGGCGGCCGCCGGGGGGCGCUCAAACGAGCGUGAGGACAGCGAAGAAGCCAGAAAGGACCUCGACAAAAUCAUUCAACUGAUGGAUGGAUUCAAAGCGUCCAAGGCCCUGUUCACAGCCUGCAAGCUGGGCCUGUUCGACCUGCUGCGGCGCAGGCCGGCGUCGGACGCGGCUCAGGUGGCCCUCCAGCUGCAAACCUCCCUCGAGGGAACCCGACGUCUGCUGGAGGCCUGCAGCUCGCUCAAACUGCUCAAGACCACAACCGGUGAGACGCCCACGUACGAGAACACGAAGCUGUCGGAACGCUUCCUCCUGUCCGACGCGCCGUCCUCGCUGCUGGGCUACGCGGCGCGCUGCGACGACGCCGCGUGGCCGCUCUUCGGCCGCCUGGAGGGCGCCGUGCGGGAGGGCGUCCACCGGGGUCGCGGGGCCUUCUGCGGCGACCCAUCCCAGGACGCGAAAGUGGACUUCAUGAAAGCCAUGCACAGUUACGCCCAAGUGACGGCGAGAGCGGUGGCGACGGCCUUCGACUUGUCCGCCUUCAAGACCGCCUGCGACCUCGGAGGCUGUACCGGUACCAUAGCGCUGGAAAUUGCCAGAGCUCACCCCGGCGUGUCUGUGACGGUGUUUGACUUACCGGCCGUCGUGGAAUUGAUUCCGCAUUUCCACUCGCCCGCCCCUCCUCCGGACAGGAUCACGUUUGUCGCAGGAGACUUCUUCGAAGACGUUUUACCCAAAGCGGACUUGUACAUCCUCUCCAGGAUUCUGCACGACUUGUCGGACGAGAGAGCGCACCUCCUGCUGGGCAGAAUCGCGGCAGCGUGCACGCCAGGUCGCGGGCUGCUGCUGAGCGAGAUCUUGCUGGACGGGAGCAGGACCGGGCCGAGCCGCGGGCUGCUGCAGGCCCUCGGCAUGGGCGAAGGCCGGCAGAGGAGCGCCGACGAGUACGCGCAGCUUUUGAAGAGCCACGCCUUCGUGGUCAGCGGCGUCAGACGCACGGGCAACCUGCUGGACGCCAUGCUCUGCGUCAAAGUCUGAGCCCGCUUCGGCGACCCACCCCAAAGCCGGAUCUCACUGCAAGUGCACCGUGAAGCGGAUUUCGUGAGCCGCACACCUCAAUUCCGUACUUUAUCCUUUAAAUGAUGGCCGCGCACCACUCGUGUACCCUUUUUGCCACCACAUUAAAUAGUUCACACACUUGAGCAUA